AUGAGCGUGGCGGGGAAACAGCCUCCUCCAGCACCGCUCGAGCGCCCCGGCAGCCUCCUCGUCCCCACCUGGACUAAAACUAGUAUUGCAUUGUUGUAUGAUGAAGUAUCCGAAAAUGCUUAUGACAUCCGACUGAAGCUUACAAAAGAGGUAUUAACAGUUCAAAAACAAGAUGUCGUCUGUGUUAGUGGAAGUGAUCACAGUGCAAAUCACAGAACUGUUACACUUCAUAGACAACCAGUUGGUGGCUUGGGCUUAAGCAUAAAGGGUGGUGCUGAGCACAAAGUGCCUGUCGUCAUAUCAAAAAUAUUUAAAGACCAAGCAGCUGACCAAACAGGAAUGUUAUUUAUAGGAGAUGCAAUAAUACAGGUUAAUGGUAUAAAUGUAGAAAGUGCUACGCAUGAAGAAGUGGUACACCUACUGCGAAAUGCUGGCGAUGAAGUUACCAUCACUGUUCAGUACCUCAGGGAAGCUCCAUCAUUUUUAAAGCUCCCAUUAGGUUCCCCUGGACCAUCCAGUGAUCACAGUAGUGGAGCUUCAUCACCUCUCUUUGACAGUGGCUUACAUUUAAAUGGAAACUCAACUAACACUGCUCCAUCAUCACCUUCUUCACCCAUAGCUAAUGAACCAAAAUAUGAGAAGCGCUGGCUAGACACCUUAUCAGUUCCUCUGUCAAUGGCUCGAAUCUCGAGGUACAAAGCUGGAACAGAUAAAUUAAGAUCUAAUGCAUUUGAAGUGCUGGCACUCGAUGGAGUUAGUACUGGGAUACUUCAGUUUUAUACAGCCCAGGAGAGUGCUGACUGGCUGAGAGCAAUAUCAACUAACAUCAGUGAUUUGACACUUCAAAAUAUGAAAAUGGCAAAUAAAUGCUGUUCUCCCUCAGACCAGGUCAUACAUAUGGGAUGGGUAAAUGAGAGACUUGAAGGAACUGAUUCAUCUCAGCUCUACAAAUUCAAGUUUCUGGCACUGAAGGGUUCAUCCUUCUACAUUUUCAGCACUCCACCGGUAAGCACACUAGACUGGGUACGAGCUGAAAAAAUCUAUAACCUCUGUGAGGUUCUAUUUAAAAUUCACAAGAUGAAGAAUCACAUACUGAAACAUGUCUUUCAGCUCUGGCUUGCUGAUGAUUGCUGGCUACAAGCAAACUUGUAUUUAGGUAUUCAUCAGGACUUUGAUCUUGAAGACCAGAGGCCAUAUUGUUUCAGUGUUAUGGUUGGACAUGGCAAGAGUCAUUAUUUCAAUGUAGAGCUGGGCAGCGAGUUGGCAGUGUGGGAGAAAUCAUUUCAAAGAGCAAUUUUCUUGGAAGUUCAAAGAACAGGGUCUAAAACAUAUAUGUGCAGUUGGCAAGGGGAUACCCUGUGUUUCACAGUCGACUUCGCUCUGGGAUUUACCUGUUUUGACAGUAAAACAAAGAACAUGCUGUGGAGGUUUAAAUUCUCUCAGCUCAAAGGCUCUUCAGAUGAUGGGAAAACAAGAGUAAAGCUGCUUUUUCAGAAUCUAGACACCAAACAAAUUGAGACAAAGGAACUUGAAUUUCAGGAUCUGACGGCAGUUUUACACUGUAUUCACUCCUUUAUAGCAGCAAAAGUGGCAUCUGUGGAUCCAGUAUUCAUAGACAGUCAGAGUAUUGCAAGAAAAUAUAUGUACAGUAACUGA